UCUACUGAUCUGAGGUCUGACCAUCAGGCCAUGAAGUCAUACAACUUGUGAACUUUCUUGGAUGCACAUCUCCCUCUUUCACUGAAAUGGAUAUCUCAACACUGAAAAUGCUACCAGCAAGGAAACGUGUUUACACUGUGAAAGACGUCAUUGAAGCUGUCCAAACCGGAGAGAGUGACUUUGAAAUGGAAUCAGAGACCAGCGAAUCAAGUGACGAGGAGGUGGAUGAGGAUGUAGGUCCAGUGGAUGAACAGAAUCAGACACCCAUUGAUUGCCCAGCUGAUGAUGAUGAGGACGUUGAGGCAACCAAACCAAGCCAAACAACUCAUCAAACUAUGCCCCGGGACCGAUAUUGCUGGCUGAAAAAAGAUUUAACUAGUCCAUGUACUGAUUUCACUGGUCCAGAUGUCACCAGUGGUGCUGUUUCCCUCCAAACACCACUAGAGUACUUCCAGAGGUUUGUGUCAGAAGACAUAAUCCAGACUCUGACAGACAACACAAAUGAGUACAGCUUCCAAAGGAACGGCACAUGUCUAAAUACCAAUAACAAGGAAAUUGAGCAAAUGAUUGGCAUGUACCUGAAGAUGGGCCUGAUGCAAAUGUCUGGAGUCCGUAUGUAUUGGGAGACAGACACAUGGUACACCCCUGUUUCGGAUGUGAUGUCACGCAAUAGAUGCCAAUCUCUGUUAACAUCAUUGCAUUUUGUUAACAACCUCACAGUGUCAGAGGCACAAAAGAAAGACACACUCUGGAAACUCAGACCAUGCAGACACUGCGAUAAAGGCUACACCAAUACCCUCUGCAGGAAGUGCGGUGUGCGUCUAUGCUUUUCAGAUGAAAGGAACUGCUUUUUGGAGUACCACUGUACAUAAACACAAGUGGUUAUCGCCGUCGUCUCCCACUAAUCCGGGUUCCGCCAGCGCAUCCUGGGUCCUGCACCAAAGUUUUUAUUCUGUUUUUUUUUUUUUUUGCCCAAUAAAUUUAGAUUUAUAAAA